GGAUUCUUUAUAAAAUUAUGAGUGGCAUAUACGUCGAGUAGCUUCUAAAGAAAAUACGUUUUAAUACAUAAGAGUUCUUCGUUGAUAAAAGUCAUAAUAACAGUGAAGUUUCUAGUGUUUUGCGCGUGAAAAUGGCGAAUAACGGUGAUAAUAAACAUCUUGGACAUUUGUUUUUUGAACAUAUGAAGACCCGGCCCAAUGCUGUAUGCCAGAUCGACGCAGCCACAGGAAAAUACGAGAGUAACGCCUCAGUACUGUACCGGUCUAUGCGCCUGGCACAAUGUCUCCGUCAGUUCGGAGCGAAGCCAGGAGAUGUGCUAGCCUUGCACGGGAAGAACCACCUUGACAUUCACAUACCAUACUACGCUGCUCUGCUGAACGGCAUGCCCAUCGUCGGCGUUGAUCCUAUGUUUAAGUUUGAGGAAAUCAAGAAGUUAUUCAAGCUGACCAAACCGAAGGUAGCGUUCUGCCAGUGUGAGCACUUCAUAGACGCUGUCACGGAACUGGGGCUGGACACGAAGGUCGUGACUUUCUCAGAAGGAAAGCAUUCCAUACAGAACUUCAUCAGGGAGUACGAUGAUGGAGAUAAUUUAGAGACAUUCCGGCCAGCAGAAUUCGACUUAGACAAGAUCUACCUUUGGCUCAUCAGUACUGGUGGAACAAGUGGAGUGCUGAAGAUAGCUGCCUUUAAGCACAGACCCUGGAUGACCAGGCUGAAGGAGCUGAGGAAAUAUAUUCAAAUAGAAGACAGCCCAAGAAACACGCCAGCCCUAUUUUUGUCUCCAGUACAGUGGAUAGGUGGUUUCUACAAUGCGAUAGCCAUGCCACUGUUCAAUCUGUGCAAGAUUCAAACAUCUCUGCAACCCACUACGGACCACAUCGUCGAUAUUAUUAAGGAGUAUCGACCAAUCAGCGCACUGUUCGGUCCAUCAAUGCUGGAUUCUCUAUUAAAACACGAAAAGAUCUGCGACUUUACUUCAUUUAAUCUAGUCAUGGUGACAGGAGGGAAGGUGCAUAAGGAACUCCUUCAUGAGCUGAGGAAGAGAAUACGUCCUGAUGCAAUAGCCGUUGAAAUGUAUGGGCAAACUGAAACUAUGGGCCAAGUAUUCUCGCUAGAACCAGAUGGCCCAUUGGGAAGCUGCGGAAAGGCCACCGACGUUCAUCAAGUUAAGCUAAUGGAUCCAGAUACAGAGAUAGAAAUCACAAAGCCAAAAGUUAGUGGAGAGUUGUGGCUGAAAGGGCCUAUGUUUACGGAAUACUACAACGACCCACGAGAGACGGCAGCGGUGUUCACAGAAGAUGGCUGGUUCAAAACAGGAGACCUAUUGUACAAGGACAAGAAUGGCUACUUCUACUUCGUCGAACGACUUGGAAUGUUAAUUAAGUACAGGAAUUAUCAUGUAGCACCGCUAGAAAUAGUAGAAGUCAUCCGCCAGCACCCUGGAGUGAAGGACGUCAGUGUGACCAGUGUCUCCAACGUCUUUGAUGGAGAGCAUCCAGUCGCCUGCGUGGUGCGGAGACCAGGUUACAAAGUUACUGCGCAUGAGAUUAAGGAGCUCGUUGCUGAUAAACUGUCAUAUAGCAAGCGUUUGCGAGGUGGAGUCAUAUUCAUGGAGAAAAUACCUCGCACGUCUGCAGGAAAAGUGGCGCGAGCGAAACUGAAACAUAUAGCCGCUGUAGCUUAUAGAGAAUAAAAUAUGUUUUAAUUUUUAGUGCCCUAAAAAUAAAUAAUAUUAAAAGUUAUUAAAUUUA